GCUAUAAUAUUAGAUAUAGCCGAUAUCCUUAAUAGGUAGGUAUUGGAGGUGGUAUUGCUGGGUUGUUGAGCGGGGGUCGAUUACUGUGACAUCCGUUCUCACGCCUCUAACAAAUAUAGCUGGGACUUCACAAGAUUGUAUUUCUUUCUUUCUUUCAUUUCAGUGUCCAAACAAUACUGAGUGAUGCGACAAACUGAGGGUAACUCCCCCUGGUCUGCCUGAUAGUGCCCCAAGCUUUCACAGGUAGAAUUUUCAAAAGGGUACUUUAUGUUAUAAAAAUAACUAAUUAACCAUAUAACCAACCCCUUUGCCUUUAUCCUCCAUUACCUUUAUUACCUUUAACUUUAACGGCGAAGGCCUUCGCGUUCGACCUUCACAUUCAAUCGAGAGAUAUGGCCGAGUCGGACGAACGGUUUGUCUUCAUCAACCAUGAAGAUGCCAUAGACAUCCAACCUAUUGGAGCGGGGCAUCUCCAUGAGAUUAGCGAUUUCGUCAACCACAUUGAAGACAAACUUUGGGAUGUGAACAGGACGAUCCACGACAAUCCUGAGCUAGGAUACGAGGAGUUCAUCGCCCAUAAGACAUUGACAAAGUUCAUGUCGAGUCAGAGCGGAUGGAAAGUGACACCGUCCGCUUAUGGGCUAGCGACCGCCUGGGUGGCGGUGUUCGAUAGCGGGAAGAAAGGGCCUGUUGUCUCCUUUAAUGUAGAGAUGGAUGCAUUGGAUGGCAUCGGACAUGCCUGUGGCCAUAACCUCAUCGCGACAGCUUCCGUAGCAGCCGGCCUAGCUGUAGCGGAGAUACUUAAACAGGGCCAACUAGGCGGUAAGGUGGUGCUCUUCGGGACACCCGCAGAAGAAGGCGGUGGCGGAAAAAUCAAACUGCUACAGGCUGGCGCGUACCGAGACCAUAAGGUCGAUAUUAGUAUACUGUCGCAUCCUGGUAUCACCAAGAACCACGCCAUUAUGCGCACAUCCGCGUAUACAGCAUUUAAAGUAGAGUAUUUCGGGCGCGAAGCCCAUGCAGCGGCCAACCCAUGGCUGGGCAUCAACGCCUUAGACGCACUUAUUACGGCAUACAACGCCAUUUCUGUCCUCCGUCAACAGACGAUGCCAAGCGAUGUGAUACAGGGCAAUAUCACGGCCGGUGGUGUUCGACCUAACGUCAUCCAUGCAUACACAGCGGGCAACUUCGUUGUCCGGGCUCACUCGCAGGCUAGACUGCGCGAGUUGAGGAAAAUGGUUGACGGUUGCUUCGAGGCGGGAGCGUCUGCGACGAGAGCCACUCUGAAGAUGACGCCCGUCCAGUCGUAUGCCGACCACGUCCCCAACCGCGUGCUUGCAGACCACUAUCGUCGGCACUUCAACCAGCUCUCCCCGCCGGAUCCGAUUCCUGACAAUCCGGAACUGGAUGAGGUAGAAGGGCGCACACUGGCCAGCACGGAUCAGGGGGAUAUCAGCUACGCCAUGCCGAGCCUCAACGUUGGAUUCUCGAUUCCUCCCGGCCCAGGGGGUGCGGGGCCCCACAACCCUGGAUUUGCAGAAGCAGCGGGAACAAGAGUUGCAUUCGAGAAUUGCCUUCGUGCUGGGAAAGCUAUGGCUGCCGUAGCAGUUGACGUAUUGGGAGAUAUGAAGCUUCUGGAUGAGGUAAAGAGGGAAUGGGAGAAAGACAUCAAACAACAACCUGUUUGACGACUUCUGGAUGUUUCUACAGUGAACAAGCUGUUUUCCUUUGAUUUGCCCUCCUCUCCUUUUGCUUAGGCAUGUAGGUGGAUAGUAAUCAUUGAUAUGAAGAUCUUGAGUGUCUCGCCCGUCUGUUAAAAGAGAGCGGCUACCC